GUUUGUUUUUAUUUAUGAAAGCUUUGAAUAACUAAAAAUGUCUUCGGAAUCGUCAUCUGAAUCUGAAUUAAGCGCUUGUAGUUCAAAAUUUGACCCAUCUAAGGCUUUAUACGCUCCUAAGCCUAAGCUACCCGUUGAAAAUGCACCAAUGUAUGAAAAUUUACAACAAUUCGAAGCCGCUCUAAAGUAUGAAAGUCUAAAUACAUCAUCUAUCAUUUCCGUAGGACAUCAUGAAUUAUUUCAGAAGCGUGAAGAAGAGAAGGAAAGAAAGAAGAAAGAGCAAGAAAGAUUAUUAGAAGAAAAGAACAAAAAGCGGUUCGCUCAAUAUGAAGGUCUCGUACCAACAACGAGAAACAGAAGAAAAAUCAAGAAUGUCAUGACGCGUAUAGAAACGAUGAUGGGACCUCUCGGAGCCUUGAAAGAAUGCGUGGACCAGCGAUUGAGGAUCAAGGUAAUCACUCGUAAUGCGAAUGGUAUACGCGGUGUGCUACACGCGACCCUCGUAGCAUUUGACAAGCAGUGGAACUUGGCGAUGAAGGAUGUGCUGGAGGUGUGGAAGAGGAAGGCUCCCUCCAAGAGGAAAAUACCAGCGUCUUUGGGCACACCGGUACCGAAAGGCUCAGCUGCUGCGAUAUCACCAGUUCCAGUGAUCACUGAGACACCUCUCGGUGGUGGCGUGUGGGAGUGUACGAGACAUCUGCCCCAGAUAAUGGUCAGGGGUGAACACGUUGUUCUUGUUAAUAUCAUUGAACGAUAACUUGAAAUAAAUUGAGUUCAUUGAGAGCCUAGAAAUGGUUCACUGCUGGGUCGAGAGGCUGAUCUAGGACGGGUUCUUGGUUGCAGAAAUAUAUAUUUAUUGAAAUCGGUGACUAAAGUCGUGACUGAAAAUGUAUAUGGAAAAUCCACUAAUUGUAAUUAUGAGACAGUAUUUUAUGUAGUACAUUAUAUGUUCUAAUAAUUAUUACUACUAGUCGUGAAUGUUUAAGUCUUUGCGUCUAUUGUCGGUAGCUUAUGCUCCGAGUCCUUUUUUAUCUGUGCCAUUUUAGGUCUGCUGUUUAAAAUAUAUGUACUUGUAUGGCGAUUUUGAUUGAUUAUUAUCGUUAAUAAAGAUUAUACUUAACUAUUGAUUAAAGGUAAUAUUAUUAAAUUCGUUUUUAAUAGAUUUUUACCAAGAUUAAUAUUCAUAACAAUGAAUUACGAAGUAAAUCAUUAUUUUUAUAUAUGUGUAUUGGAAACUAGUUGCGUACAAAAAAAUAUAUGUACAUUCAAAAACAAACGUAAACGAAGUCACUACUAACAUAUUUUUUGAAAUCUUCAAGGCACAAGUAUACAAACAGUUAUACUCUAUUUUAUCUGUAUUUUUUGCAUGUAAUAAAUUAGCGCCUGUAAACAUGUUAUGAUUGAAAUAAACAUGAGAAAUAAUUAAUUUAUUUUUAAUUUGAUGUGAAUGUAUAAUAUUAAAAAUAUUAAUUAUUUCCGUAUUACGAGUAAGUACAAGUUUUAUUGUGAAUUUAUACCAUAUUUUGAAGUUGAAUAUUUAUGAG